CGGGUCACUCCGAGUGCCCGGUGGCCGAGGACUGCCUGCGUUGCCUUCCAGGAGUCUUGGGGCCUUUGGCCUAUUUCUCAGGAAGCGGCCCGUCCAUGAGCGGACAGAGGUCCAUCGUCUGCACGGUGUCUUCUCGGCGCACGCUCUGCGCCUGGGACGUGCGGGCGGGCUCUCUGAUCUGGUCCAGCCCCGCCCAGCAGGCCAACAUCAGGUGCCUGGCCACCCUGCCGCCGCGGUCGCUGGCGUUCACUGUGGACAAGGAGGAGACCGUCAAGGUGUGGAACUGCCAGGACGCGGAGCCCCUGGCCGCGCGCAGCAUGCCCAGGUGCUGCUGCUCCUUGGAGGCCUUCCUCGCGGACGACGGCCCCGUCCUCCUGGUGGGCGAUUCCGAAGGGGACAUCUACACGCUGACGGUGCCGGCGCUGGCGGUCGUGUCCCUCGUGAAGGCGUUGGACUACGGCGUGGAACUCCUGCACUGCUCGCCCAACAGGAAGUGGGUCUUCGCCUCGGGGACCCACCCAUACAUGCGGCCCAAGGUAGGGCCGCCCGGUGCUCGGCCGCCGCCUCGGAGGGUCAGACUGGCCUCCCCACAGGUGUUCUCGGCCGAGGGCCUGCUGAGGCCCGGAGGCAGCGCCCCCUCGAGCGUCUCUCUCCCGUUCACAUUCUGCAGCCAAGCCUGCUGGGCCCUGAAGUGCGCCAACAGGGUGGCCGUGAUGUUCCAGAGAGGGUCCGGCAGGAGGACGGGGUUCGGCACCUUCGACCUGGCAGCGAAGAGCCCUGGGGGCAGCGCGGUCCUGGAAGGUGGGCCCCGGCGCCUCUGCAGGGCGGGGCUUUCUUAUCUGCCUGGUUGUGUGUUUCCCCCGAAAACAGCCCGUCAGAUCGCGGCCUUCAUGCUGCCGGACGAGAUGGAGGGCCCGCUCCGGAUGGGGGUCCGGGACGGAGACACCAUCAUCUUUGAGAGCGGGCCAUACCUGUUCCUCUUCUCCAUCCACGGCCACCUGGUGCAUCGAUUCAGCCACCACCAGAACGCCAUCUGCUCCUUAUGGGUGGACUCGCUCCACGUCCUCACCACGUCCCUGGACAACUACCUGCAUCUGUACAUGUGGGAGGAGGGAGGCCGCGACGCAGGCCUCCAGAGCUGCUGCCACCUGGAGCAAAGGCCGGGCGACCCCACGCCCAGCUGCUACUACUCCCGGGCGAUCUGCGACAGCGCCAGCAUCGUGUGUGUGGUGUCCAGGACCCUCGAGGCCAGCGUCCUGGUGAUGUACUCUUUGGACCCGUGA